AUGGCGCAAUAUUUAGCACUUGAUCCCAAAGAAUUAUACAUUUAUCAUCAACUUUUUGAAAAAGUAGAUGUCGAUAAAAAGGGUGUUAUUGAAGGACAAAACGCAGUUAAUUUUUUUAAUAAAACUGGACUGCCAAAAACAACCUUAAGAGAGAUAUGGGCGCUUGCUGAUAACAAUAAUAAAGGGUAUCUAACGCGGGAGGAGUUCAUUAUUGCUAUCAAAUUAGUCGUCAAAGCACAAAAUGUGCAAGAUCUCAACCUAGCCAAUAUAAAUACAGGGUGUCUUCCACGAUUAGAUAGAGACCAUGUUGAUAAUGUGGGAUUUGCGAAUUUUGUAAUUCCAAAUGAAGACCGAGAAAGAUAUAAGCAAAUAUUUGUUAACAUUAAUCCAGAUAAUGGCGUUUUGGACGGAGAAAAAGCCAAACAAUUUUUUUUGAAAUCUAAGUUGCCAAUAGAUAAAUUAUCUCAAAUUUGGGAUUUAGCUGAUACUAAACACAGAGGUAAUAGUAGCAGAGCUCAAAAUUUUCAG